GUUCUAUUUGGUUAUCCGCUUGAAUUUGAUUUAUAACCACGAUACAUAAUAAGUGUUGUUUAACGAUUUCAAGAAAAAUUUUGCUACGGAUAGUCAUCUAGAGUCUAGAGUAUAUUUCUAUAGUUGUCUUGUGUGGCCAUGUUAUCUUCACUAAAAACCAACAAAUAUAUCGUUAUGGACACAAUAGUCGAGGAAUUUGGCCCUGAGCAACAUCUGACAGUCUCUGAUCGUAUUGAGAAUUAUAAAAUACAGCUAUCAGAAUUAGAAAGCUUGCAAUCAACAUUCUGUCUCCCUGGAGAGAUACAAGUUGAUCAUCCCAUUACUGUCAAUGAUAUGGAUAAAUAUAUUAAUGGAGAAACAGAUGUGAUUCCAUCUAUGCUACAUUAUGUUGUGAACAUAAAAGUAGACGAUCAGAAAUUUGAGAUAUGCAUUACCUUAGCAGAUAGGUAUCCAGCAAAGAUGCCUGAAAUAUAUGUGAGAAAUCACAAUCUUGACAGACAGAUGCACAUACAAUUGAAUAAGGACUGGUACCAAUAUGUUAGCAAUUUAGAAAGAGAUGAUCCAUGUAUAUUUUCUGCUAUAUCCUGGCUUCAAGAAAAUGCAAAAAAUUAUAUCAAAUUAGAAGAGAAAAAAACAAAACAAAAAGAGAUAAAAGAAGAGCACUAUGUCAGAUAUUGGAUUUAUUCACACCAUAUUUAUAGUAAACCAAAAAGGCAGGAAAUCCUCCACUUGGCCAAUGAACUAGAUAUAAGUGGAUUUUGCAUGCCAGGCAAACCAGGUAUAAUCUGUAUAGAAGGCUCUUUAGAAAAUUGCACGGAUUGGUGGCAGACAAUAAAAUCUAUGAACUGGAAACAAAUAUUUAUCAAAGUGAUGGAAGAAGACGAGAUGAAAAACAGGAGCAGUUUCCGAAAAUUCGGAAAGUUGCAAGAGAUGGUGUUCCAAAAUCAUGGGCCUAAGUUCAAUCAUAUGGACAUGGGGGGAUUUUACAAGUACCUUGAGAAACAUGGUUUGGGAUAUGUGUUCAAGGAUUUGUUUGGAGUUCAACCCAAGGCUGAAGGAAAUUGAGACAUUAAAUAAGUUGGAGUUUUUGUAAAAUUGUUUUUAUUCUGAUUUUUAUACGUUUUGCUUAAUAAAUAGGAAAAAGUGAAGUGAAUUUGUUAAUAAAAACCAUAUAGGUAAUCUAGACAAUCUAGAGGAUUCUU